GGUGGGAGUGGCCGGUUGGCAGAGUGAGUGGAAAGUUACCAGACAGCAGGUCACUGACAGAGCAGGUUGUGUCUCCAUGUGUCUCUUGGUCUCAGUCACCACGUGUCUCCAUGUGUCUCUUGGUCUCAGUCACCGUGUGUCUCCAUGUGUCUCUUGGUCUCAGUCACAGUGUGUCUCCAUGUGUCUCUUGGUCUCCGUCAACAUGUGUCUCUUGGUGUCCAUCAACAUGUGUCUCCAUGUGUCUCUUGGUCUCAGUCACCAUGUGUCUCUAUGUGUCUUUUGGUCUCAGUCACCGUGUGUCACUUGGCAGUUUUUCAGUAUUUGAAUCAGAUAAAAACCAAAGAUACUGUACACACACUAGGUCUGUGGUCUUUAAUAAUUCUGCCCAAUAUGUUCUGCUGGUAACAAGUUUGAGGUUGUGAUUUGUAAUGUUUACAUUACAUCACAUCUCUCCACACUCAUGCCAACAGUGGUGGUGAUACAGUAUGACUAAUUUUUCUGUGGAGGUAGAUAUGUUUCGAAACACAACUUGAUGAAUAAUUUGAAUGUUGCAUUAUUGAGUCACACUGUUCCUUGAGACAGAGAAAAACCCAUAUCCUUUACCCACUGUGGAUAUUAUUUUUUCAAGAGGGGCAUAUAGUUUUGAGACUGUGCUCCUUCCAAAGACAGUGCUCUUCUUUUGAGCAAUACUUUACUGUUGCCACAUACGAGCAGGAUUCUACAAGAACAGACAUGAGGGUAAAACCCGUAAAUUAGUUUUGAAUGAGAAAUGUAUAUGCUUAUCAAGAAGAUUAAGAUUUAUCCUGGAUUUUUUUUUGUUUUAUCUUUACAAACAUAAAGACAACAGGUUAUUCAUGUCCUUAAUACCAUGGCCCCUCCCCUUCUGCUACGUAGCCAAGAUGGCGGCUAUUGAUGUGUCCAUCAUUUCACACUCGUGUGUUGCUAUGCCCAUCAGUGUGAACGUGCCCAUGCACUCAACAUUAAAUAAUCAAGAUCAAAUGUUCAGCAGACGCGCAGCCUCAUCUCCUGGCUCGUGUGAUGUUUCUUCAUAUGAGAUUGCAAUCGGGCCCAAAUCCUCAAAAGAUAUCCUUUUAAUUCCAUACGUCCUGUCCGUCGGUGCGAUGGCUGCCAUGUUGGUGCUUCUCCUCUCCGCUCUGCUCUGGUCCACCCACACGCCCGGCGCAGCGUCGCCCUCCUGCCCGGUGAGCUGUCGCUGCUACAGCCUCACUGUGGAGUGUGGCUCCACUGGCCUGAGGGACAUUCCCAAACAUGUCCCCCCAUCCACACAGACCAUCUUCCUUCAGGACAAUGUGAUCGGUCAGAUCCGUCGACAGGACCUCCUUCAGCUGAGGCACCUGCACUACCUGUAUCUGCAGAACAACACCAUCUCCGCGGUGGAGCCCAGCUCGUUCCAGAACCAGGGUCAGUUGUUGGAACUUGCUCUGAACGGGAACAGGAUCCACCUGGUGACGGCCGACAUGUUCAAGGGACUCCAACACCUCCGCAUCCUUUACCUGGCGGGAAAUGACAUCACACGCCUGCUGGACUACACCUUCCGAGGAUUACAGCGUCUGCAGGAGCUCCAUCUGCAGCGUAACAGUAUAGACAUGCUGGCAGACCAGGCUCUAGCAGGCCUGACCUCUCUGGCUCUGCUGGACCUGAGCAGGAAUAAUCUUCACACCAUCGGCCCUGCGUCGCUGCGACCCCUGGUCAGUCUGCAGGUGCUGCGCAUCACAGACAACCCAUGGCGCUGUGACUGUGCUCUCCACUGGCUGAGGAGCUGGAUUGACGAGGCGGGGCAGCGGCUGCUCAGCUCUGCCGAGCGUCGGCUCAUCUGCACCGAGCCGCCGCGUCUCUCCCACCUCAGCCUGGUGGAGGUCCCCCUCAACAGCCUGGUGUGUAUUCCUCCACUGGUGCAGCUGGAGCCCAGGAGGCUCGCCGUGCGCCUGGGAGAGAGCCUCCGGGUGUCCUGCCACGCCUCCGGCUACCCUCGGCCACAGGUGACCUGGAGGAAGGCAUCCCAGGGUAAAGUGGCGCUUUCUCCCCGAGGCCUUGUCCAGGAGCUGGGUGCUGCAGGAGGUGGAGUGGGGGUAGCAGAGGAGCCCUCGGAGGGGGGCCGGGUCAGUCUGCAGAAGGCCGAGGCCGAGCGGUUUGACCCCGACACUGGCAGCGGCAUGCUGUUCCUCAGUAAUGUGACCGUGGCCCACGCAGGUUUCUAUGAGUGUGAGGCCUGGAAUGCAGGGGGCGUGGCCAGGGUUACCUUUCAGCUCGCCAUCAACUCGUCCACUUCCUCCUCCUCCUCCUCUUCCUCCUCCAUCUGGGCCUCUUGGUCUCAGGUGUCCUCGCCUUACUCCCCCGUCUGGCCCAGGCUCAGGAACCACGGCCCUGCUUCGGGCUCAGACGUGAGCCGGGAACCCCUGUACGCUCUGGGCAGCAUGGCCUUCAGCGCUCUGGGGGCUGCCACCCAGACCGCCAUCGCCGUGGGCAUCUCCCUGCUGGCCCUGACCGCUCUGCUGCUGGUCGCCAUGAUCUACAGCCGACAUCACCAACGAGGAAAAGAGGCUGAUGGAGCUGAGAAGGAGGAGAGCAUCCUGUACGUGAACGACUACUCUGACGGCCCCACCACCUUUGCCCAGCUGGAGGAGUACCGCGACGAGCGCGGACAUGAGAUGUACGUCCUCAACCGGGCCAAGCCCGUGCUGCCCCCCGCUCCGCCCACUGCCACAGUCUCCACUAACCUGGGCGGCCCCGCUCCAUCCGACACCUCCAGCCACAGCAUGUCCUCGGGGCCUGGCCAGACCGUGACUCCCACUCUGGCCCCCAACAAGCAGCAGCAGCAGCAGCAGCAGCAGCAGGAGGGUGACAUACGGACCAUGAGGAGAAUGGCAGGGGAGGGAGGGGAGGCUGAGCCUGUGAUCACAUCAGAGGCAGAAGGGAUGUUUCUUAACCACACUGGCCUGUUCAUGGACUCGCAGAUCGCCUACGAGAUCCACUGCUGAAGGGGGGACGGAAUCCACUGCAACACUGGUAUGUAUGUGCGAUACAGUGGUUUAGAGCCAAGCCUGUCACAUCUGCUGAAAUCUACAAGUGUUCAUUCCCGUGGAAAGCAUUUACUUUCUCCAAGACUCAACUACAGUAAUGGAUUGUUAUUGGAGAAGGUUUACAGGUUUAAAUGAAUAGCACAGAGGCUUUCCAAUGGAUAUACAGUGACCUUGCAUGACAAAACAUUCGUGGUAAAGGCCAUUCAAAGACAACGUCAGGUGGACUCAGGUAUAAACUGAGCUGCACACCACUGAACUCAACUCUCCUGUACAGGAACAUCUGGACCCGCGUUUAUCAGACCUUCUUCUAUAGCAGAACCCUGUGACCGAAGUGAACGUCUGUCCCCUGGAGACUUCACACAAAGCUCAUUGGUUAUUUGCAGGGUGAGUCUGAGAAGGGGGACGUCGUGAAAUCUUCCAGCACAUGAAUAUGUGGGAGCCCGUGUGUAAUUUGAAACUGUUAAUGUCUUAAUGUGAUUUGAAAUCAGUGCAGUGAUGGUGGGACAGCAACAGAUGAAUUUUGUUACUAUUUAUUUAAAGAUAUCAUAUCACUGAUAUAUUCUGCCUAUUUUCAAUCUAAAGUCUUGAUCUCCCACCUUUUCUCAUAUUCUUCACUUCUGAUGAACAUCCUGUCCACUUCCAGACACCAACAGUGAACCUGCGGGUCCUGUUUCAAACAUUGGACCUUCUGAAUAUGUGGUCAGGUGUCCCUGAGUUUAAAGCUAUGAGCAGGUUCAAAUGAAAGAGGCCAGUCAUAUUCAACAUCAACAGUAUUUAAUAGGAGAUAAUGUGAAAGGCUUUUCAGGGACGUUAACGAAAUCAAAUAUCAAGUAAUCAAACAGCUUAAGUAGUAAGAGGCUUUUGAAAGACAAAGAAUUUUAAGGUUAAAAUGAGUCGAAUACAAAUGUUUAGGGCUUACAAUAUCCAUCUGAUUGAAUUAUGGUCAGCUCCUGCAGCUUUUCCUGCAGCUCCUCUGUCUAAAACGCCUGGAUUUCUUUUAGCCCUGCAUCCCGAUAAACCCAGUCUGCUCCGACUGGCCAGCUGGCCCAGUCUGUUGUGGUGAUCAACUGCUUUCAACAAAUGUAGGAAAUGUCACGCCCCUACACCAGAAAAGUGGAGAUUGCAGACAGGGUUACUCCAAAAGAUUCCAACUGUGACAUCACAGCGGGAGAGAAAUCUGAACCAGUUGUUUAGAGCCAGGCUGUAGGGGUUUAGCCAGCUCACAAAAAAAUGACAUGGUGGUCUUUUUUCACAGAUACACAACUUUCUGUCCAUAAACACUGAAAAAGUGAUUUUUCCAUAAUCUGUCACCUUUAAAAGAGGAGAGGAGGCGUAUUUUUUCUUUAAAGGCCUAAAAUAUUUGAUGUUCAUAUUCUCUUCUUAGCAAAAAUGAUGGAUUCUACAUGCUAGUGCUAAACCUCAGCCAUUAUAUGAGGAGGAUUAAAUGUUAAUAUGAAAGAACUUUGUCUGGGAUGGAGCCUCUUUAUUGCAUAGACACUUGGCGACUAAAUGUCACUUGGGAAACUGUGGGUUGUUUUGAUGUUUGUUCAGGAGUGUAAAAGCUCACACGUGGCUCAGCGUUGACUGACAGUUGAGGAUGUAGGUGGACAUGUUUCCUUCAAGAGACGACUUGAACCUCGGAGGAUUCAGCACACGAUACAAACCACUGGUAAAUCUCACGAACAGCCAGACCAGGCUUCAGUUCCCAGUAACACAAAAAGAGUUCUGGAACAUAGUCCCAUGGGCCAAUGAAUCGAAAAUCUACCUCCCUCAAAAUUAAUGAAUGAAAGUUUGGAGAAUAUUGUGACCCAAAGCCGCCACCUCAUCUGUCCAACACAGCAGUGGUUGUGGUUCGGCCCAGGCAUGUAUGGCUCCAAUUGAGCUGGCCAACUGACAAACUGUCAUUUAUUGAUGCUAGCAGAGGUCUACAGGAGCAUUUCAUCUGUCAGCAGGAUAAUGAUGUGAAACGACAUUUAGCCAAAACAACCAAAGAGUCACCUGGUCUCCAUCAGACUGAGCAGCGUUCCACUUACUGAAGUCCAGCUUAAAGGCAGAGAGACCUCACAACGAGCUGAAGCUCUGGGACCGAAUCACCAGGGAAGAUACAAAGAGUCUGAUGAUGUCUUCAGACAGUCACUUAUCAGAGGAUUUGACUAUAAAUAUUAAAUAUGAUCAUUUUGUUUAACUUCAUGGGUAUCUGUCCGAUUACCUUUGAACCCUUCAACUUUGUACUCAAUGUGUUUAAAGGUUUAUAUCUCCCACAUAGUGCUUUCUCUGUUGAUGUAUAGUAGAUAGAGUUGAUACAUGUAUAUGAAAUGAGCUCUGAUCUUUAUUCCAGACCGAAGCUGUCCCUCAAAAGUCUGCCCUCUCCCUUCUUGUGUGCAAGUACGCUUUGCUCCUGUCCAAAACAGUUUGUCUGCACUCAGAUAUACUCUUUGUUUGCACCAAUGCCCAGUGCUUCAGUUUGACUCCUACUCGCAUUCAGGCUGCUCCUGAGAACUCAAGAGACCUACCCUCUCUACUCUUUGUGAAAGGACACUGUCAAAAUUUGCCAGCCAUUAAAAUUCCAGGUAUGACAUUGACCAAUGAAAUUGUCACUGCCCAUGCUGUGAGCACGUAUGAUUUACUUUUUACAGGAUCGGUUCAGUUCAGUUCAGUUCAGUUCAGUGGAUCACUCACCAACACGGAUCAACAAAGUCAAGUACCUCAUUUGUUUUGCUCAUAAUCAGUGUCAGAUUGGAGUCAAUCCACUUCCUUUCAGUUGUACAGUUAAACUCAUUGUCCAUCCUGUCCUCUAAACAAUUAAAGAAGGAUGCCUUUUGUUUAUUA